AUGCUCCGAUCCACUCUUCAUCGAUUGCUACUACUUGUAACAUCCAUCAUAUUUUCAGCAUACUGUCAAAACUGUAAUAACGCUCCUAGUACUUCGUUAAAUAUCAUUUGUAGCCAAAUUGCUGCAUGGGCUGCGAACGCAAGGAAUGUGCCUACAGUAUCGGUGAGUUCGGUUCAAGCCCCAGGAGCUGCAGGUCAAGGCAUAGCCCCGUUGGCCGUUUCUGAAAAUCCUAGAAGCGCUGGUGAAUGCUUGGAUAUCGCCUGUCUUUGCACUUUCUUCGGUGGAAGCGGUGGAUCAAACUGUGUCCUGCCUAGUGGUGCUAGACUAGGUCGGGCACUUCGUAAAGAGUACCGAGUGAUGACGGAUGCGGAGAGGAACAGAUAUCACACUGCUAUGUGGACUAUCAAGGGGAAUGGAGAUUAUGAUGUGCUGUCUCGAAUCCAUUCCUCUUUUGUCACAUCACCAGGAGCACAUUCAGGACCAGCCUUCUUUCCAUGGCAUAGAGAAUUCAUCAAAAGGCUAGAAAUUGCAUUGCGUAGAGUUGAUCCAAGUGUAGCGCUUCCAUAUUGGGAUUCUACCCUUGACUCUACCAUUCCAAACCCUACAGAAUCGUCUUUAUUCACAAAUGAAUUGAUGGGUCGUACAGGACCUGAUGGAUCAAUCGCAACUGGAGCAUUUAGAGGAUGGCGUACUGUAGAUAAUUCGAGAGUUUUUCGAAGAAGUCUUGGAUCACAAGGUAGACCUUUACAAGAAUCCGAUAUCAAUGCCUUAUUUGCAACCACCGACUAUACCCAAGUCCUUGCCUACACUGCUCCUAGUGCGGUGAGUUAA